AUGGCACAGACAGAUACAUCUAGUACUACAACAGACAAUAAUAAUAAUAAUACCAAUACAUUGGCGACUUCAGAUGGCGCCGCAGAGACACUGGUCGGCAUCGUGAUUGAUAAUAAGAACAAGACAUUACAGGAUGUUAGUCAACUGUUUAGUCUAUUCACAAUAGAUCGCUUUGUUACAAUAUUGUUGGAGCCAAGUCAGAUGCCCACUCAUUCACUGAUCGACAUGUCAUUGCGCGACAAUAGUCAUCACUUUGACAUCACACCAAAGACACGAGUACUUGGUUACAUUGGACUGCCGACGACUAAUGGCGUGCUCAACAACUCUGACAUUGACUUUCUCAACGACUGUCUGUCGCACCUGCAGCUGAUCGUCAAGCAGUAUGCAUCGCGACCUCUGUACGGCGUGUUGGUGUGCACCAACUCACCAUCGCCAUCGAUCACACACACCCGUCGUAUCGAGAAGCUGCUGGCCAGCAAGAUGCAGGGCGGCUACUGGUGUGUGUCUGACGCACCACCUCGCACCAAAGAGGCAUUCCGACAGAUACUCAGUCUAAUCUAUCCGCAGAACAAAUUGGUGCCGCGACAACAAAUGCCCGCGCCUCCUCCUCCUCUGACACAUCAGCAGUCGCAACAGUCACAACAGCAACAGACACAGACACAGUCACAACAGCAACUGAUAGCACAGACACUUGGUCAGGCUGCUUCGAAGCAGCCUAGUUACACAGUCACAAAGCUCUCCACGUCAAUGCCCUAUGAUGUGGACAUCCCUCAGCAACAGACGCCGACACAACCCCCACCCCCAGCAUCAGCGUACAAGUCGCGCCAGGCUGGACAACAGACAAGGGCUGUAGAUGCGACCGGUAGCGGAGGUCAACAAGGUGCCUACCUCAACUACCAGUUCUACAACAAUAAGGAGAGCGUCGAUCGCAUUCUUCAAAGCAACAGCGAUGAUGACAAUGUCAUGUUGAUGCUUGAUCCAGCCAACAGGAGGGGUCCUCCUGAUGCAGUUACCGUCGACAGCUAUGGCACAAACUCCAACUCCAACCCCAACAACAUUGUGUACAGUCUUGACCUGGGCAAGGUGCCCAAGUAUCAAGAGACAGUAGCUGACGUGUAUACUACUGGCACAACAGUGUUUAACAGCUUCCCAUCGGCAGCGAUGGAGUACAAUACACCACCAUUGUACACACAGGAGUUGGAGGGAUUGACAACGACAACGACGACCACGACAACAGCAACAACAUCGUCGUCCACUGCGGCAUCGGGCAACUCAAUGUCAUUGUCCUCUCCCGAAAGAGAUCAGCAACAACAGGUGCGCAGUAGUAUGUUCAAGAAUGUGCCAUUCCUCAAGCGAAGCGAAACAUACGCGCCACUCGAUCAGUUGCAGAUGUCAUCAAUCGAAGACAUUGACAAUGCAUUGGAGUACAUCAAGCGCAGCUCAAACAAGCGACAGGCAAUCUCUGCCGCGGCGGUAGACUAUCCAUCAUCACUCAUUGAACAGCAAGACGAGAGCAACAGACGCGCUCUACUACCAUCACUCAGCACACUGGAUACAUUGUCCAAACGAUUGCUACACGACAACUAUAUCGAUCGCCAGAUGAUGGAUGCCGGUCCCCUGAUGGGCAUGCCAAUGCCUCGCAUCGAGCUGGAAUACCAGCAACACGAACAACACAGGCCAUCGGUUGGAGUCGGUGGCUAUCACGACGUGAUGGUCGUGGAGGACAAUGAGAUGAAUGCAGGCUUCCUCCUGAAGCUGCUGGAGAAGUUUGGCGUGUACAGUGCGCGAUGUCUGUGGGUGACCGACGGUCUCCAGGCAGUCCAUCGUUACAAGACCUCUCCAGGACCAUUCAAACUUAUCCUCAUGGACCUGUUCAUGCCCCAAAUGGAUGGAUAUCAAGCGACCAACAUCAUCAGGCAGUUGGAGGGAACGGACAAGCAUACUCCCAUAGUGACUGUGACUGCAAACGUGACCAAAGGAGCAAGAGAGAAGUGUUUGAUGAGUGGAUUUGAUGAAUACAUCGCCAAACCAAUACGAGCAGAGGAGCUCAAUUGGUCCAGUUGUUCAUUGAACUCUUCCAUGCGUUAUCCAUCUCACGGAACAUGGACAUGA